GCGGGGGGUGCCCUGGAUGGCCCUGCGCACUGGGACGGCUUGGUUUGGGCAGGUCCUGCGCAGAGUUUCCCGGCUUCAGGGCACCUGGUCCCGGCGCUCCAGCAGCCUCCUGUGCCUCUCUUCUUCCCAGGAGCCCGAGCAGGCGGGCGGGGAGCGACCGCCGCCGCAGCACAAGCUGCCCCGGAGCAGCGGCAGCGGCGGCGGGCGCCGCCGGCCCCCCCGGCAGCUGCUCCCCUGUUGUAGCUGCUGCGGCCUGUCGGAACCCCGGGCGGCCAGGGGGGGACAUGGUCCCCUCACUCGCCCCUUGCUGGCGGCCAUGAAGAGGCAGAACGUGCGGACCCUGUCCCUCAUCAUCUGCACGUUCACCUACCUGCUGGUCGGGGCUGCCGUCUUUGAUGCCCUGGAGUCCGACAACGAGAUGCGGGAGGAGGAGAAACUCAAAGCCGAGGAGAUCCGGCUCAAAGGAAAGUACAACAUCACCAGCGAGGACUACCGGCAGCUGGAGUUGGUGAUCAUGCAGUCGGAGCCGCACCGUGCCGGAGUCCAGUGGAAAUUCGCCGGCUCCUUCUACUUUGCCAUCACGGUCAUCACGACCAUCGGUUACGGACACGCUGCCCCAGGGACGGACGCAGGGAAGGCCUUCUGCAUGUUCUACGCAGUCCUGGGGAUCCCACUGACACUCGUCAUGUUCCAGAGCCUGGGCGAGCGCAUGAACACCUUCGUCAAGUACCUCUUGAAACGCAUCAAAAAGUGCUGUGGCAUGAGGAGCACCGAGGUCUCCAUGGAAAACAUGGUCACUGUGGGUUUCUUCUCCUGCAUGGGGACACUCUGCAUUGGAGCAGCAGCCUUUUCCCAGUAUGAGGAAUGGAGCUUUUUCCAUGCUUACUAUUACUGCUUUAUAACAUUGACUACGAUAGGGUUUGGAGACUAUGUGGCCCUGCAGACCAAAGGGGCCCUUCAAAAGAAGCCUCUCUACGUGGCUUUUAGCUUUAUGUACAUUCUAGUGGGGUUGACAGUCAUUGGGGCAUUUCUAAAUCUGGUUGUUCUCAGGUUCUUGACCAUGAACAGUGAGGAUGAGAGGAGGGAUGCCGAGGAACGGGCGUCCCUGGCAGGGAACCGCAACAGCAUGAUUAUCCACAUCCAAGAGGACUCCCAGCAUGGUCGGCCACGGUACAAGGCCGAAGUAACAGACCUUCAGUCAGUUUGUUCCUGCAUGUGUUACAGGUCCCACGAGUACACCAGCCGGGUGGUGUCCCACCAAAAUUCGUUCAGCUCGAAGCUGAACCCCCAGUACUUUCACUCCAUCUCUUACAAGAUAGAGGAGAUCUCGCCAAGCACAUUAAAAAACAGCCUUUUCCCAUCUCCUGUCAGCUCCAUCUCACCUGGGUUGCACAGCUUUACAGAUAACCACAGGCUGAUGAAACGGCGAAAGUCCAUUUAA